AUGGAAACAAAACUUGUUGAUAAAACUGUUUUGCAUGGGAAGGAAUACCCGUACUUCGUCUCAGACGUCACAGGUCGUGAUUUCGAAUGGACGCUAGCGGAGUUGAACAAGCUUGGUGGUGUCUAUAGGCAGAUGUAUCAAAAGCUGAGUGAAAGAGUGAAAAAGAACGAACUCGUAUUCCAUGACCACCGAUUUUGGACUUACCCGCAUCCAUACUGUGAAAUGAAAUCAUUAGCAGCGGAUCUUUACAAAGAGCUAUCCGAAGCAUCGAUCAUUAUAUUUAAAGGAGACUUAAAUUACCGGAAGUUAAUUUCUGACAGGGACUGGCCAUUUGAAACACCGUUUAAGCGCGCUCUCUGUGGUUUCCUACCGGCACCUAUGCUUGCUCUACGUGCGCUCAAGUCCGAGGCUGUCGCAGGUCUGUCAGAAGAAGUUGCUGAACAAAUGCGGCAGAAACCCGAUCGCAAGUGGAUGACCACCGGCGAUUACGCAGUCGCCGAAAUGGCAUAUUAG